ACCUGCUUCAUGAGCACGCGCACACUCACGACCUAUCUGGGCUCCGCUCGAGCGGUACGCCCCACUUAGGGACGGGCAUAGUCGGUUGAGAAGACCCCCGCCGCUCUUUCCGUUGCAACCAACACUACCAACCCUGAUUGUCGUCAAUCGCCUACCCGUCGCCCGUUGAGAACGAAGCCCCACCAACACAACUCACCAACAAAUAAACAUGUCAAGCCUUGUCGACCGGCUCGCUGCUCUCAGCAUCGCAGCCGCCACCGUAUACAACGCGGGUACCAGCGGCAACAGCGCCUCAGGGGCAAACCACGACUUUGUCAAGCAAUCUCGCAAGAAGGCUUUGACGCAGUGCGCCAGGUCGGUGGUCAGAGCGGCCAAGGGCGACCUCAGGCAGGCAGACAGAGUUGCUCGUCCUCAGAGUGAGGAUGAGGUCGACCUCGACACCGCAAGCGAUGUGUCGAUCUCCUCGCUCAACGAGUUCAUUCUCGCCGGCGCUCGCAAGGCUGCCAAGAAAGCUCGCAAGAGGGCCAGGCAGAGCGCUCGCGACCGAACCCAGCGAGGGUCCAGCUCCCCCCGCCCGACCGUCACGAGUGCAUACGACAUGACUAUGACGGUAGAAGAUGCCGAGGAGGAGCUCGAAGAGAUCAGCCCGCGCGCAGGAUACCUGUCGCGCCUGGUCCACGCCCACGCCCAAGGGGUCGGCAGCGAGGAAGCAGCCUGCGCCGGUUCGAAGCCGAAGAAGUGGGUCCGACGUCUCAUGAAUGGCGACAUUGGCGACGCCAUUGCUCGGACGCUUCGAGGCUGUGGCAAGGACUUGACGGACCGCGGCCUCACUGUCGACCAGCUGCAACUCGCGUCGUUGCCGCAGAACAAGCUGGUGUACUUCUGGCGCUACGACGACACCCACGUAGUUCGUCAGCACCUCGAUGAUAUGCCGACCUUUCUGCUGCUGCGAUACUGCCGUCAGAACGCAGCGCUGCAGCUCAUCUUCAUCAAGUCCACGCUUGACGGUGGCGACGCGUCAGCAACGCAAAGUAAUGUGAAGCACGUCGAUUCAAAGUGACGGAUCAAAAAGGAGGAAGCUGAAGGAGAUACAGACUCGAGCUCAAGAGACCAGAUAAGGGCAAAGAAGGGGUCUGAGCGCAGGCUAGUCGAGCCGAACCAAAGCUCAACACGCAGUGGAGGGACUGGGUCCGCCCUUGGCUCACG